CCCAUCUGGGAUAAACCCCCUGGCCAGAGAUUUGGCUGCAUCCGAGACCUCCAGCGCCGAUCUCCUGCUUCCCCAUCACCAUGAGGGCUUCUCUUGCCGUCUGCAUCCUCGCUGCUCUCCUGGCGACGGGGGCCUGUCUGCAGUGUGAGGUUUGCGAUGGACCAGGAACCAACUGCACGGGCGACCUGGAGGCCUGCGCCGCUGGGGAAGACAUUUGUGGCAUCGCUCGGACAGAAGUGACAUGGGCGGGAAGGAAGACCCAAACCAUUCUCAAGGGCUGUGUGACAUCCAGCCAAUGUAGAUACAGCCCCGUCUCUGUGAAUUUCGGGAAUGGAAUGGAAAUAACGAUGAGCUUCACCUGCUGCAUGGGGGACGCCUGCAGAACAAGCGCGGUUACAGGUCACCCCUCCUGGACAGGCUCUGCGGCCUCUGGCACGAUGGACCCACCUCUGGAACCCGGGGCCCCCAACGCGACGGAUGCGCCCCCGGGGCCCUGGGCCCCCAAAGCGACGGACGUGCCUCCGGGAACCGGGGCCCCCAACGCGACAGACGUGCCUCUGGGAACCGGGGCCCCCAACGCGACGGACGUGCCCCUGGGAACAGGGGCCCCCAAUGCGACGGACGUGCCUCCGGGAACAGGGGCCCCCAAUGCGACGGACGUGCCUCCGGGAACCGGGGCCCCCAACGCGACGGACGUGCCUCCGGGAACAGGGGCCCCCAAUGCGAUGGACGUGCCUCCGGGAACCGGGGCCCCCAACGCGACGGACGUGCCUCCGGGAACAGGGGCCCCCAACGCGACGGACGUGCCUCUGGGAACCGGGGCCCCCAACGCGACGGACGUGCCUCCGGGAACAGGGGCCCCCAAUGCGACGGAUGUGCCUCCGGGAAGAGGGGCCCCCAAUGCAACGGACGCGCCUCCGGGAACAGGAGCCCCCAACGCGACGGAUGUGCCUCCGGGAACUGGGGCCCCCAACGCGACGGACGUGACACCGGGAACAGGGGCCCCCAACGCGACGGACGUGCCUCUGGGAACAGGGGCCCCCAAUGCGACGGACGUGCCUCCGGGAACAGGGGCCCCCAACGCAACGGAUGUGACGCCGGGGCCCGGGGCCCCCAACGCGACAAGCCUGGCUCCAGCAGCCACGACCUCCCGUGCGGCAGGGAUGACUUCAACGACCACAACCUCCGGCGCGGCGGGCACGGCUCCAGGACCAGCCGGGUUCCUCCUCCCAGCCUUUGCUGGCCUCCUCCUGCUGAAGCUUCUCUCUUAAUUCCCCCCCGGGUGCAAUGGCCACACUGCACUGAAAUACACCCUGCAGCCUGCGUCAGCCCCUCUCCCCUCCAGGCGUUCUCGGCUCCUGCACGGACUCACAUCCCCUUGAUAUUGUUGCACUGAAUAAAACACACUGGAG